CAUUUUUGAGCAUCUGUGGCCUGGUCACACUGGACACUGGGCUAACCAAAUCUGAAUCCCAAACCAAAUCUGCAUCCGCAACCGAGGAACCACAGCAGCCAGUGGCCAACCCGCCCAUCAUGUCGCCCAAAUACACGCACGCGAUUGUGGCCAGAAUCUCGGACGCCCUGCUGGAGAACGGAGAGUUCGAUGUGCAACUGGCCAAGCAGCAGCACGAACAGUACUGCACUUUGCUGCGGACCAUUGGCCUGGACGUGAUCGAGCUGCCGCCGGACGACCAACUGCCGGAGGGCGUGUUUGUGGAGAACAGCGCAGUCAUAUGCAAUGGUGUGGCUCUGAUCGGGCGAUCGGAGAACGCCAAACGGCGACGCGAGGCGGAGAGCAUGGCCAUCAUACUGAAGAAGGAGCUGGACAUUCCCGUCAUCGAGAUCGAGGAUCCGCACGCCCAGCUCGAUGGCGGGGAUGUGCUCUUCACGGGUCGAGAGUUCUUCAUUGGCAUCUCGGGGUACACCAACGAGGAGGGCGCCCGGGCGGUGGCCAUGGCCUAUCCCGAAUAUCCAGUAACGCCGAUUCGAGUCAACGGGGCGAAGCGCCUGAAAUACUAUGUGACAAUGGCCGGACCGGACGUGCUGUGCGUGAGCAGCAGCCCCACCUGCCAGGAGAUCGUGAAGCGGAUGGAAAGGGAGGCCAGCUUCACCUACCAGAAGCUGACGCUGCCCGAGGAGAGCGCGGCCAACAUGCUGUACAUCAACGGGACGAUUGUCCACAGAUCGCCGACGGAAAUUCCAGAAGCCUACAAGACUCUAAAAGAGAAAAUCGACAUUCCAACACGCAACAUAAACAUUAGCGAAUUUAGCCAAUAUUCCAGUGGACUGACGUCCUCAUGCCUGCUGCUGCGACGCUGGAAGUCCAUACGCAGCCUGUGAAUCUCCCGCCAGCGAUAAUCAGCUGCUUGAAUCGGAAUCGGAUUCGGAGUGAGAGAAGCAUUUGCCAUGAGAAACACGCACAACAGCCCCGGGGUAGCAGCCUGCUCUCCGGGCAUCAGCAAUAUCGUAUUAUCUAUUAUAGUUUACACACCAAUUUCUUGUUAUUGUUACCAAUUUAAGAUUGAACCCUUGAAGCUAAUCAAGCCAUCGAUGGCUAUAGCCCGGGGAAGGUGGUGGAGUGUGCUCCACCACGUCACCCGGGCACGGAUCAGCAGCAUUCAUGCAUCCAUCGCCCACUCACACACUCCAUUGACAUUGACGACGUUGAACGGAUAUCAUAUUAUUGUAUUAUUACGGCAAAGAAUUGCUAUUAGAAACUGUAUCUACUUUACAAGUAGCUUGUUGAAUGUGUGUUCAGUGUCUGUCCUCGAAAUAAAGUGCAACAUUUGUAAUCUCUUUAUAAACUUUAA